AUAUGAUUUGUUUUGUGUAUUUUAGGACGACCAUUAGAAAGAUCAAUGGCUCAUGUUAAAAGGGUAAAAAAAUCCCUAAACAUCUCCAAGGUUUUAAAGCUGUUACAUCCUCAAGAAUUAAUUGAAUUAGUUCGAAAUCUUUUAUUUAAUUCUGAAUAUUUUUGGAUAACUGCAAGCCUUUUGUUUAUGGCAGAAAUCCUUUUAAAUGUUGUUGUUAUUUGGAAAGUUCCUUAUACAGAAAUUGAUUGGAAAGCUUACAUGAGUGAAGUGGAAGGAUUUUUGAAUGGCACAUAUGAUUAUAUGAAGUUGAAAGGUGGUACAGGCCCACUAGUUUAUCCAGCUGGUUUUGUGUACAUAUUUUCUGCCCUUUAUUUCUGCACAAAUCAUGGGCACGAUAUUCGAUUUGCUCAAUACCUAUUCGUGUUCUUAUACUUAGCCAUUUUAUUGGCAGUAUUUUAUGUUUACCAAAAGGUACAGAAAAUUCCACCUUAUGCUCUAUUUUUCAUGUGUUGCACUUCCUAUCGCAUACAUUCAAUAUUCAUUCUGCGUCUAUUUAAUGAUCCUGUUGCUAUGUUAUUUUUAUAUGCCAGCAUUGUGUGUUUUAUAAAAAAUCGUUGGAACAUUGGAUGCUUCUUGUUUAGUUUUGGUGUCAGUAUUAAAAUGAAUGUGUUGUUGUUUGCGCCUGGCCUGUUUGUUUUAUUGUUGUUAAAAUUUGGAGUAAUUGGAAGCAUAAAAAAGAUUACCAUAUGUGCACUUGUGCAACUUGUGUUGGCAAUCCCAUUUCUGUUGGAAAAUCCUGUUGCUUAUAUUUUACGAUCCUUCAACCUUGGACGUCAAUUUUUUUUUGUAUGGACUGUAAACUGGAGGUUUUUGCCAGAAUGGCUGUUUUUAUCUCGCUGGUUUCACAUAAUGUUACUUUGUUUGCAUCUGUUUACACUUUUUGUGUUCCUUUAUAAAAAAUGGCCCUCUCCAUCCCUUGGUUGGUGUUCAAUAUUUUCACAAAAAUUCAUUGCAGAAGAUGUCUCCACAUUUACCAUUGUGAGAGUCAUGUUUGUCUCAAAUUUUAUUGGAAUGAGUUUUGCACGUUCUCUACAUUAUCAAUUCUAUGUGUGGUAUUUUCACACAAUACCCUUUUUGUUAUGGAAUAUUAAAAUGUCACCCGUUUUGAAAUUGUUGAUAUUAGGCAUAGUGGAAUUGUGCUGGAACACAUAUCCAUCAACAAAUUUGUCAUCAGUUAUGCUGCAUGGGUGUCAUCUUGCUAUAUUACUUGGUUUGUUUUUCAAAGAGGAAGAAGAAAUGGGCAAAGACAAGAAAAAAUAAAUAUAUUAUUCCUCUGACUAAAAUACCUACAAAAGACAGAAUUUAUGUUACGAUGUGUAAGGUUUUGUUGUUGUACAGUUGUUGUGCUGUUUAGAUUAGAGAAACAAAACCAACCUGUGUUUUUAUUUUAUUUGUCAUUUAUAGCAGUUUAUAUCAUAUAUACACUUGUGAGAUUUGUAGUUUUAACUUGUUUAACAAAAAAAAUACAGUGAUGGAA